GAGAAGAACUAAAAGCAAGAGUUGAUAACAAGAGAAAGCAAACGCAACAGCAGCAGAGAAGAAGGAUAUUCGCGUACAAAAUUAAUAGUGACAGCAAGAGUAGAAGAUCUAACACAGAGUAGAACUCGCUACAAGAUGGCCGAAACGAUGUUCAGACAGCGGAAGGCUUGGACACUGGUGGGGAUGCUGGCGGUCACGCUCCUCUUACCGGUGGUGCAGUCCCGCCAGGAGUACUACUACACCUACCAGGACCCGUACGACGACGAUCUGUCACUGUGGAUCAACGAGCAGCAGGUGAAGAUCUUCAGCGGUGUCGCCAUGAAGAUCUACGCCAUCGAUAAUGGACGUGUGUCACCGCAUAUCCGUGACCCCAACUUCAGCCAGUACCUGCCGGUAAUCCCCUCGGAGGUGAGCUGCGUCAACUUCACGUGGAAGGCGGGCCUAAAGAAGUACUACUACAAUUUUGACCGCCUGAUGUCGGUGGACGAGAACAUUCUGAAGCCACCGACGAUCUCUAUCAAAACGGUCGGUCGCGUACCGAAGAACGCUAAGGAGUUCAGUGUGAUCCUGCCAUGCUCCGGUAAUGUAUCGGGCAUCGCAAUGUUCAGCAUUGGACUCCUGAUCCAAACGCGGAAAGGCAAACCGGUCCCCGGUACGCCUCUCCGCAUCAAACUGCGUAAGGAAUGUGCACAUAGAGGACCCGAUCCGGAGUGUGACCGGAAGUGCGCCAACAAGGGCGUCUGCAACGAGGACAAAAUCUGCCAAUGCCCGGAAGGUUACAUGGGCCAAUACUGCCAGACGGCGCUCUGCUACCCGCAGUGCAUGAACGGGGGCAACUGCACCGCUCCCGGCACCUGUUCCUGCCCCCACGGCUACCAGGGCCGCCAUUGUGAAGGAGGGAUCUGCGCCGAAAAGUGCCUUAAUGGUGGCAAGUGCAUCCAGAAGGACAAGUGCGAGUGCACUAAAGGAUACUACGGGCUACGCUGCGAGUACUCCAAAUGCGUCAUUCCAUGCCUACACGAAGGCAAGUGCCGAGGAGUGAACAAAUGCCGCUGUAAGCCAGGCCUAACCGGUGAUCACUGCCAGAUAGGACGCCGACAGCGUUCCACCUGCAAGCGACCCUGCAAGCACGGGUUCUGCAAACCGAACCACACCUGCGAAUGUAACGAAGGAUGGUACGGGCGGUUGUGCAACCAGCGAGAGAAGAAGCACAGAAGCGACACCGGCGGCGACGGUGACACGCAAACCAGCGCGGUCACACUUCCAAAGAACUAGCGGCCCGCCAGCUAGCGCACACCAGCGACACCAUCGAGAUUAAAGACAUGCUUAUUAAUGUGGAGAUUAAAAGACACACCGGUGAUAUAAUAAAGUAGAAAUCCUGAACCUGAGCGAUGUAAAGCGAGCUUAUCCGAGUCCCGUCUUGCGGUCUAAUCGGGCUAGUGUCGGCCCUUUUGGCAGCUGGAACCUCUUUUAGAGGGAGGGAACGAUUUUGUGACAUACCCCACGCUUUAAAUGUGUAGUUUGAAGACGAAUGUGUGGAUAAUUUUCACUAAAAAAAACGCUGGGAUAUGUUUGGCUACGUACGGUUUAUUUGGUAGUUCCGUGCAUUCGUUCGACUAUUGUAGUUUGGUCUACAGCAUCGCUAAUAAAUAUGAACAAUAUUAACAGCA